AUGAACCCCCAGAGUAGAACCAAGAUCAUAGAUUCACAUCUGCAUGUGUGGGCAUCUCCCCAAGAGGCUGCAGAUAAAUACCCUUACUUUCCUGGCCAAGAACCUACUUUGCCUGGAGAUGUCGAUUUCUUGCUCAAGUCUAUGGAAGAAGCAGGUGUUGACGGUGCGCUUAUUGUGCAGCCCAUUAAUCACAAAUUCGAUCAUUCUUUGGUGACAAGUGUGUUGAAGAAGUAUCCAUCUAAAUUUGUUGGUUGUUGCCUAGCAAAUCCAACCGAAGAUGGAAGUGGGGUUAAGCAACUUGAACAUCUCAUUCUGCAGGAUAAUUAUCAUGCUGUUCGCUUCAAUCCAUAUCUGUGGCCUUCUGGUCAACAGAUGACCAAUGAAGUUGGGAAGGCAAUGUUCGCUAAGGCAGGAGAACUUGGAGUACCAGUUGGUUUUAUGUGUAUGAAGGGCCUCAGUCUGCAUAUUUCAGAAAUUGAGGAGCUGUGCAGAGAGUUUCCAUCAACAACUGUAUUGCUUGAUCAUUUGGCUUUCUGCAAACCACCAAUAAACGAUGAGGAAAAGCUGGCUUUCUCUGCACUUUUAAAGCUAUCCAGAUUCCCACAGGUCUAUGUGAAAUUCAGUGCACUUUUCAGGUUGUCAAGAAUGCCAUUUCCAUAUCAGGAUUUAUCUCACUCACUGUCUCAAGUUGUCUCGAGCUUUGGUGCUAACCAUGUCAUGUGGGGCAGUGAUUUUCCGUUUGUUGUUCCCGAAUGUGGUUAUAAAGGAGCGAAAGAAGCUGUUUCUCUUGUCGUCAAUCAAAUACCUCUAUCAUCUACAGACUUGGAGUGGAUCAUGGGAAGGACGGUCAUGCAGCUCUUUCCAAAUCAAUGGCUUCCAUAA